AUGGAAGAUAAAAAACAAUUACUUAACGUCUUUUCUCUCUACAUUUACAUUAGAGGCCUAUUCGGGAACAGCAUAUCCACGAUAGAGGAGAAUGCAUUUAAUGGUCUGUCAAGUCUAUUGCGUCUAGGUCUAUCAUUCAACCGCAUAACCGCAAUAGAAGGAAAUGCAUUUAAUGGUCUGUCAAGUCUAUCGAGUCUAUAUCUAUCCAACAACAGCAUAACUACAAUACAAGAGAAUGCAUUUAAUGGUCUGACAAGUUUAUCGAUUCUUUAUAUAAAUGGUAAUCCUUUUCACUGUGAUUGUGAGUUGAAAGGCUUUGUCAGAUUUAUGAAAUCAAGGAGAGAUAUAUUGUACGGGAGCUCUCAUCCAGAAUGUCUUUCUCCUGGCGUCUUGAAAGGAACACGCCUUGCUGAUCUUUCAGUUUCAAACUUGACAUGUCUUUCCAAUGACGUUAGCACUAUUCAUUAA